AUGGCGCCGACCGUCGAGAUUUCCAUCCCAUCAACGAGCCUCUCACAUACCACCCCGCAACACACUCUCUACCACAUCACCCUCCGCCUCCCACUCCGCUCCUUCACCGUUUCCAAGCGCUACUCCGACUUUGCAGCUUUCCACAGCGAUCUACUUAGCCAAACCAAUACACAGCCACCUGUACCUCUCCCAGCGAAAUCAUGGUUUUCCAACACAGUCUCCAACGAACGCUUCCGUGAAGAGCGCCGUCGCGGCCUGGAAGCCUAUCUCCGCGCGAUCAACGAGGCGUCCGAUGGGCGAUGGCGCACGUCAUCUGCAUGGCGAGCUUUCCUCAACCUUCCGACCGUAGCAGCGACCUCUUCCUCGAAUGGAACGUCGAAUACAUUUGCCCGACUCCAUGCCGCUAUCACCGACCCGGGUUCAGCGGCCAACACUGCGAUUACCGAUCCAACGCUCUGGCUUGACUACUACCGUGACAUGAAAUCCCAUCUCCACGAUGCACGACUCCAACUCUCCCGUCGCGAUCAGGAGACCACGCCUCAGAAACAGCACGAGAGUUCCGCACAAGCAAAGACUAGCCUCGUUCGCGCAGGAUCGAUGAUCGGCACAUUGGAAGAAGGCCUGAAGAACCUGGGUGGCCGGGGGGCCCAAGAAUUAUCCAAAUCAUCUAGCUUGGGAGAUGGCGAGCUUCGCCGUCGCAAAGAUCUGCUUAUAAACGCACGCAAGGAAAGAGACGGAUUAGAAGACUUGUUACACGCCAUGGCCGCCAAGAGCCGGCUCGACCAUGCCGUAGCCUCAGUUCAGGAUAAGGAGGCACUCCUAAAGGCCAGCGGUGCGGACGCAGCCAACGGUGGACGGCGGACACCCGCACGAUCCGGAAGAGUCCUGGGCAAGGAGACUGAGCGCACGCGAGAACUGGACAAUGAAGGUCUGCUGCAGUUGCAGCAGCAGACGAUUAGGGAUCAGGAUCAGAAUGUGGAGGAGUUGAUGAAAAUUAUUAUCCGGCAGAGGGAGCUUGGAACCGCUAUUCAUGAGGAAUUGGAAAUUCAAAAUGAGCUGCUGAAGUUGGCAGAUGAGGAUACGGAUCGGUUAAACGCCAAGAUUGACGUCGGGAAAAAGAGAAUUGGCAAAAUCUCUUAG